AUUGGUGUACUACAACCAUUGAUAUUCCACGUCACAAUAUUAGGGGCCUUUCAAAGCCAAACAUCCACAAACGGCUCUGAAACAAGUCCUAACAGCCGACAUACAUAAGACUGCGUCUGGGCUGAGUUUUACUUUGAAAGGCUCAGGCCGGAAGCAUCGUUCGUGUAGCUUGAUGCUAACAGGUGGACGAUGUCUGCGUGUGUCGGGGUGCUGAAGCGCCGUCUCGGGGCUCGCUCUCCGGCUGGUUUCGCGUCGCCGCUGCAGCCGCUGAGAUGCCCGGGGGGCGGGCGGUGGGAGUCCAGCACGCGGACAGGUGAAACCCUUCGGCCACUAGAGGGCGUCAGAGUCCUGGACCUGACCAGAGUUCUGGCCGGGCCCUUCGCCUCCAUGAUCCUCGGAGACCUCGGAGCCCAGGUCAUCAAAGUGGAGAGACCAGGUGCAGGUGACGACACCAGAGCCUGGGGUCCUCCGUUUGUGGCGUCAGAGAGCGCCUACUUCCUCAGCGUGAACCGGAACAAGAAGAGCAUCGCCGUGGACCUGAAACAUCCCAGAGGAGCACAGAUCGUCCAGCAGCUCGCAGGAGUGUGUGACGUGCUGCUGGAAAACUACGUGCCGGGGAAACUCCGUCAGAUGGGUUUGGGAUACGAGCAGCUGAGCGGACUCAACCCUCGGCUCGUCUACUGCUCCAUAACAGGCUACGGACAGACCGGUCCUCACGCUCAGAGUCCAGGGUACGACUCCAUCGCCUCGGCAGUGUCAGGGAUGAUGCACAUCACCGGGCCCGAGGGCGGCGACCCGGUGCGUCCGGGAGUCGCCAUGACGGACUUGGCGACGGGGCUGUACGCACACGGAGCUGUCAUGGCCGCCCUGCUGCAACGGCAGAAGACGGGCAGAGGAGUUCACAUCGACUGCAACCUGCUGUCAUCACAGGUUUCCUGUCUCAGCCAUAUUGCUGCUAACUACCUGAAUGCGGGGAAGGAGGCGAGGCGCUGGGGGACGGCCCACGAGAGCAUCGUACCUUACCAGGGCUUCAAAACCAAAGACGGGCACAUCGUUGUGGCUGCGGGCAAUGAAAAGCAGUUUGUCCGAGUCUGCCAGGUCAUGGAGCUGACGGAGCUGACGGAGGAGCCCAAGUACAAAAGCAACAAGCUGAGAGUCGAGAACCGCAAACAGCUGCUGCACACACUGUCACAGAGGUUCCUGCAGGAGACCACGGCUGAUUGGCUGAAGAAGUUCAAGGGCUCAGGUGUUCCAGUUGGGCCAAUCAACAGCAUUCAAGAAGUGUUCUCCGAGCCACAG